AUCCAGCCACUUUGAGCAGUCAGGAAGUGCACUCCAGCUCAGGCAAAGGGAUAAUAAUGUUUUCUUCCAAGUCUCUUUUUCUGAUUGGCUCCCGAGGAGUAAACCCAGCAUUCCGCACUAUUUAGCCGUGGCAGCUUUACCACUGUGUUUUGUCCCACCUGAAUUCCAUGCUCUGUGUAGACUGACAACUUAAGGUCCACCCUGUCUGUCACCCAGACAUCUGAGGGCUGCUCAUCGACGGCGCAUCGAGGUGAAAGGAAACAUGUUUGCGUCAGCUGAGAACGUCCUCAUCUUGCUGUGCCUCUGUUCACUCCAUCCUACUUUUGGACAGGACUGUCCCAGUAGACAGGAAUUACAAGGCUCUCUGAAACAGGUCCAGAAGCUUCUCUCAGCCCAUGAAACCACCUGCUUGCAGAGUCUCCGCAAUUUGAAGAAGAAAAUAAAUGUACUCCACAGCAGUGCAGGAAAGCAGACGACAAAAACCAUAAACAGUACCUGUCCCAAACUGGACACUCCCAGCAAUGGCAGGAAGCUGGGAAAAUCCCACAGCGCAGGCCAUGAGGUCCAUUUUCUGUGUGACCCCGGUUUCGAGCUUGUGGGAUCAGAGAGCAGGGUUUGUCAGGACAGCCUGACCUGGAGUGGCCAGUCCCCCGUCUGCAGAGACAUCAAUGAGUGUGCAUCGUCUCCCUGUUUGAAUGGUGGGGCGUGUGUGGACGAAGUGAACCAGUUUUCUUGUGUCUGUGCCAAAGGUUGGGCUGGAGCUACAUGUCAGAGCCCUGUACCAACAUUCUUUAUCACCAUGACAAAUAUUUCUGCCACCACUGCUGCUGCUACCACCCUACCAGCUGCUACAACGGGGCCCUUUGUCCGUCCAUCACGCUGCAGUACUGUGCAGGGGACCACCCACUGCACCUGUGAGCCGGGAUACACCAUCUCUGGCAGAGACAGCUACACCUGCACUGAUAUAGAUGAAUGCGAGCUGUUUCACAACGGACAGGCUGGCAGACUGUGUUUACAUGCUUGUGCUAACACCCCUGGAGGCUAUCGCUGUUCCUGUCCAGCUGGGUACAAUGUGACCCGGGAUGGGCGCAGCUGCAAAGAUAUUGAUGAGUGUGCUACCAGACAAAACAACUGCACAAAGGACCACAUGUGCAUUAACACGUAUGGUGGCUUCCAGUGUGUUCGUGUGGACUGCCCCAAAAUUCCUCAUGCUACUUAUGUCAAGACAUCACCCAUGCGCUGUGAACGGAACCCCUGCCCUGUGGACAACAAAGCGUGUUCCCAGGCCCCGAAUUCCUUUUCUUACCAUUACCUGGCUGUUGUGUCCAAUCUUUCAGCUCCGCGGGUCAUGUUCCGAGUCUCGGCCCUGCGUCCAAUAGGUGACACGCUUCGCUUCUCCCUGCUGGGCGGAAGGCAAGCUCGGCGCCACUUUACGGUCCAGCGUUCUGACCGUCUAACGGGUCAGCUGAUGCUGGUCAGCCCCGUGCAGGGCCCGGCAACUCUGGAGGCAGAAGUGGAGAUGAGUGAGCUGGAGAGACGAGUCCAGCUGGGGAGGUACAUCACCAAAGUCACCAUGUUUGUUUCCCCGUACGAGUUCUAAACUGUAUUUAUUUUUCAAAGAAGAGGAGUUUAGACUACGAAAGCUGGACAAUAAAAUAGCACUUAACCAGGACCAGACUAACCUGUACUCUGUUCUGAAAUAAAGUUAUUUUUGUUUUGACAUGC